AUGAUGUACGACGAAGAGCAAGAAGGGUCUGUGUCGCGCGAGGAGCUCACAGACCUCCUCCGUGCUUUGUCGCCCUACAUGCGCAGUGCACACCGCGAUGCGCACCUGGAGAGGAUUUACGCCUUCAACAACUUGCACCCCAACUCGAGAGUUGCCUUCGACGAGAUCAUGGACACAGCGAUGCGAUGCCUCUGCUCGAAGAAGUAG